CGUAUAAGAAAAUAACUUUUUUUUUAAAUUGUCUAAUCUCAGAUAGGUAUGUACUUACAUAAAAACAAAUCUUCAAAUUUCUUCAAUUUUGAAUGUGAGUGUUUGUGUGUUAAAUGAAAAUGCCUUUAUACAUUAGGUAUGGACUUAUAAAUAGUUUAUGACUUGUAAAAAAUAUAAUAGCGUUGUGCUUUAAAUACCAUACCUUUGUUGUGUGAGCAAUACAAUGUGCCGCCAUUUUACAACGACUUCAAAAUGUCAAACAAAAUAUCAACGUAACAUUUAGAAACACGCCAUCCUGUUAAAUGGGCACAAAUGCAACUACAUACGAACACGUUAAAAAUUAGUAUUCAGACUUUUUACUUAAUUUGAACAAAAAAAGGAAUCACGGAAUAAAACUUCUUUCUGGUUUUUCAACUUCACUUUUAGUACAGGUUUAAUAUAUAAAUAGUAAAAAACUAAUACUUUUCAUUCUAACAUAUCUAAUGACACUUAAUCAAAACAAGGAUUUCGUACAAAACAUUAAUGUAAUCGAGUUGACAAUUGAACAACUUACACAUUGCCUGACUUUAGGUUAUUAGUCUCUGGCGGCCUAUCAGAAUGAUUAACAUUAAAAAAUAUAUGACAUGUGGUAACAUGCUCACUAAAGGCAAUUACCGGUCAACGCUCUCCGGUACUCCCCUGAAAACUGUAUAAAACUAAGGAAAAAUGCACCCUUUUACUUUGUAACACAUACAUUGGUUUGUUUUGCCGCAUUUAAUGGGUGAAAGUUGCAGGGAACCUUCAAUGGAUAGUGAGCAAAACGUGAAGCGUGGACAUGCGCAAAGGAUCCAGAAGUGAACUAUGAAAUGUUUUCAGUUUGACCGCGAGCUUACAGUCGUGUAUACAUUGGACUGGUCAGUGUUCGUUUAUCUUACUUUCGUACCGUACACUGAAAUAUUAUAAAAAAAACAAUCUGUUAAAGUUGUUGAAACUUUUUAAAGAGACAAUAACAUUAAUAUAUUUGUCUAUAUAAAAAUAUUUUUAGGUAAAAGUACUGAAUUUAAUUACUUACCAAGUCACUUGUUGCUACGAACAAUUGAAAUAGGCAAAACCAUUUGUAGUAUACAAAUGGUUGAAUAGCACAAAUUAGUUAUUGUUACUCAAGUCCACAUUCGAUUGCAUGGGACAGUUGAACUGGCAGUUUGGUAGUGGUCGUUUUGGUGAUUGAACCUGAGGGGUUUAUCUAUCGUGGCCUUUGAGGAGGUUCCUCUGGGCUCCGGCGGCGCGGCCGUCCCGGCGCUCGUGCGGACCUCGUCCCGGCAGUGCCUGGCCUGCAUCCACCGCGCCAAGCUGCUGCCGCACGCGCCCGAGCCGGUGCUGGAGCAGCCGGACUUCGGGCCGCUGGCCGCGCCCAGGACCAUCAUGACGGCGAAACCAGAGUCAGUACACGAGGCGCUCGAAGAUAGAGAUCCCAACAAUUUAAACCAACAUAUACAGAUAGUAUGGGACGAUAUAAUCGGCGAGCCGGAGGGCGCGCGCAGCCCGGAGUGCGCGUGGCGGCUGAGUCACGCGUGCUACCGACACUCGCGCAACUGUUGCUACACCGUGCUGGCCGUGCUGCUCGCGCCGCCCUGCGCGCUGCUGCUGGGCUGCGGGUUCGCCUGCCUCGCCUUCGAGCAAAUCUGGUGCACAAGGCCGUGCCUCCGCUGCGUGAAGAUCUACUUCGCAAACCUCCGCACCAUGGUGCAGUCGUGCGCGGCGGCCGUGGUCGUGCCCUGCGCUGACGCCGUGGGACACUUGUGUAGAAACAUCAGGGUCAACCUCAGGAAGGACGCGCCCGAUGACAAGGACAUGUUAGUCGUGUAAUAUUGUACACGACUAAUGACGCAAUAUUAUAAAAAAAGCUUAAUAAAAUUAAAAUUAAAUUAAACACUCGAUUAAGUAAAAAACAACAAAAGUAAAAUAUUGUGUAAACAACAAAAUGAUUUCGGGGCAUAAACUAAGUGUACAAUACGAAAUUAGAUACAGUUUUAUUAUAAUUCGAAUUUGACGUUUUUAAUUAAGGUGAGAUAAAUGCAGACAUUUGAAUUUGGAAUAUGCUCCUAAAAUAAGGUUGAUAUAAACGCUGACGUACCCACAUAAGUGCCUUUAACUAAGAUAUAAAAACCUUUUGCGCACGUAAAAACUUUUUGCACCUGAAAGUGGAUAUUGUGAAAAUAUUCUUCUAAAUAAGUAUUUCUACGUAUUUUCUAGACAAGUAGUUUAAAUGCUAUUUUGUUUCAUAUUAAACGUGUGAGGCGAUUUUUAAAUAAAUGCUAAAAACAUA